CAACAUCGACUUUGUUUGUCUACGGUCAGUGGUCGCUUCCUGCGUCCUUUACCGAGCUAUAAAACCUUUGCACGCACUGCGUCCUCUGGUAUUUGAACUACAGAUAUCGAGCAGAGAUGGACAUGCUGACUGUGCUGCCAUCAAACUUCGGAUAUGUCAUAUUUACCUACCUGUACAGCUGGGUCAUGCUGGCGUAUUUAGCAGUCAAGGUUGGGACUGCCAGGAAGAAGUACGACGUUAAGUAUCCCGAUAUGUACAGUGACAAGGAGCAGGUCUUCAACUGUAUCCAGAGAGCACACCAGAAUACCCUGGAGAUUUACCCUCAGUGGCUUGUUUUCCAGACCAUUGCAGCUCUUGUCUACCCGUUAUCUGCAUCUGUGCUGGGGGCUAUCUGGGUGACCAGCAGGUUUUCCUAUGCAUGGGGAUACUACACAGGAGAUCCAGCCAAGAGGAUGCAUGGUACCUAUGGCUACAUUGGAUCAUUAGGUGUCAUCAUUCUGUCCAUAUCUGUAGCCUUGCAGUUGCUUGGUGUCUUUUAAGACAAUCAUGUUGUUUACUCAUUUAUACUGGCCUGCAUGACAUUUUCAUGACAUGUAGCUGUACAAAUAAACCACUAACCAGCGACUUGAUAUCUUUACAUUCCAACAUUUGAUUGUCUACUGCUUAUAAUGUUCGAAAAUAAAGUACAUGCUGACUGAUGCUACAGCCAC